UUAAACAACCAACAUCAAAAAUAUGAGGCAUAAAACAAGCAAAAUUUUCGUAUAAAAAUUGUCGUGUCGUUCACUUUCGCGCAAUUUUAAAAACAAGUUUAAAUAAAAAUAAAGUGCUGUUAAAAGUGAAUGUGAAUUUGAAUUAGCUCUCGCCUUUUUGUGCUGUGUUAAGGAAAUUAGAUGGUGGUGAUGCAUGUAUCUGUACCAGAUUCUGGUGGUGAAGACCCCAAAGAUCAGCUAAACAAAUGGACUUGGGGUGGAACUUUACGUUUUCCGCUCGCACUUUUUCUCCUCGUGAAAGUACUUCUUUUAUUAGUAGCCGCCACCGUGUUCCUAAAAACGCCGCUCUUCAAAACCGACCAGCUUUGUCUUUCCGAAGACUGCGUAAACACAGCGUCAAAUAUUUUACGUGCGAUGGAUCGUAACACGGAUCCUUGUACCGAUUUUUAUCAAUAUUCAUGCGGUGGAUGGAUCGCAUCAAAUCCAGUACCCGACUGGACAGCCACAUGGGAUAGAUUAGCCCUGCUUAGAGAAUCCCUGAUGCAAAGUAUGAAACGGCUCCUCGAAAGAAAUGAAAUUAAUAACAACUCUUCUGAACCAGACGGAAUAAGGAAAGCAAGAGCUUUGUACAGAAUUUGCAUGGAUACAGCAACGCUGGAAUCGAAAGGGGUUCUUCCGAUUCGACAAAUCCUCCAGAUGGUUGGAUUACCCCCGGAUCCCCCCACUAAUUCAACUGACGAAAAUUUUGACUGGCUACUUACGGUAGCGAGAACACGAAGACUGUUAGGAGUAAGCAUGUUGAUUGGCAUGAAUGUUGCCGAAGACGUCAGGAACUCUUCCGUGAAUAAGAUUGUUAUUGAACAAGUAUCUCCGGGGUUCGGCGAGAAGUAUUUGCUGCAAGCAGAGAAGUUUUCAACAGAAAUAAAGAACUAUAAAAAGUACAUCACGCAGAUGCUUACAGCAUAUACGAACUUCACGGGGGUUGAGUAUUUCGCUGAAGACAUUGUAAACUUCAGUACGCAUAUAGCAAAGGUCAUGACCCCUUCUGAAACUCGCCGCAGUCCCAACCAUCUUUUUCACGAAGUUAACCUUAUAGAAUUGGCUAACGGACCCGGCAUUGACAACGACUCCUGGAGAUUUGUGAAUUGGACAAGAUACCUGAAUAUAAUUUUUAACGACACCACCGUUAUUUUAGAUCGACGAAACGACACAGCAAUUUUGUUAGAUUUGCCGUAUUUGCAAAAACUGUCAAAACUGUUAAAAACUUCCGACAGAGUUAUAGUAGAGAGGUUCCUGUGGUGGAGCGUAUUCUCAACAGUAGCCCCACUUACUUUAACAAAGUUCCGAUCGUUGGGAUUUGAAUUUUCUCAACAAUUGUUGGGUCUGCAGAGCAGAACUCCCAGAUGGAAAGGAUGUACCAGUAACGUUAAUGCCAAUUUUGGGCUGGCUCUGAGUUAUCUAUACGUAAAAUCGCACUUCGAUAAGGAGCACCGUGAUAAGGCUUUAGAAAUGCUCGAGGACAUACGAAAAGCGUUCGAAGAUGCUGUGCAUGAGCUGGAUUGGAUGGAUGGAACCACACGUGAAAAGACGCUGACUAAACUACACGCAAUCAGAGCUUUUGUUGGGUACCCAGGAUGGAUUAUGAACGCUACACAACUUGACAAACAUUAUAAAAAAGCGCACGUGAUCGAGGGAAACCUCUUCGAUACUUACCUAAAUUUAACGAACGCGGCGGUACGAAGAAACCUGCAAAGUAUUCGAAAAAAACCAGAUCGUAAUCGAUGGGUAGCUUCAGCCACGACCGUAAAUGCAUUUUACUCGGCGACACUGAACUCUGUCACAUUUCCAGCUGGCAUACUAAAACCCCCUUUUUACGGCAACGGAAUAGCAGCCAUCGAUUACGGCGCCAUUGGUGCUAUCAUGGGGCAUGAAAUAACACACGGAUUUGAUGACCAAGGGCGCAGAUACGACGAAAAUGGGAAUCUAAAACAAUGGUGGUCAACCGCAACGCUCACCCACUACCAUGAGAAAGUCCGAUGCAUCAUCGACCAGUACAGCAAUUACACCAUGCCUGACCUGGGGGCGGCGUUCCGAGUGCAAGGAUACAACACACAGGGAGAAAAUAUAGCUGAUAACGGCGGCCUUCGCGCAGCUUUUGAAGGAUACAAACGACGCGAAGCAGUUACAAAUUCCAUGCAUCGACGGCUACCAGGACUUCCAGAUGUUACGCCCGAUCAAUUGUUUUUCCUUGGCUUUGCACAGAUAUGGUGUGGAAAUUCCACACUAGGGGCAUUAAAAAGCAAGCUAGUGGAUGGUGUUCACAGUCCUAAUCGCAUUAGGGUUAUUGGUACACUUUCCAAUUCAAAGGAAUUUGCAAAAGCUUGGGGCUGUCGCUUAGGGACACCGAUGAAUCCUGUCAACAAAUGUGUACUCUGGUAACCUGAAUAAUUGUUAGUUUAUUUUUAGCGUUGUUGUUACUUUUUACUGAAUUAAGUCAAACUGUUAGGGCAUCUUUAAUUAGAUUAGUUGUUGCAUUUUGUACAAUGUAUUGAAACAUGUUCUUGAAAUGUA